AUCUCUUCUAUUCUUUUAUGAGACCCUUCUUUCCCUUCUUCAUCAUCUCCCCAAGGAGCUAAUAACCUCUCUCCUCUCCUCCCCCUCUUGUCCUGUUCUUCUAAAAUUAACCAUGACUGCCCUCAUCUUGUUUGCCAUCCUCUUCACUUGCGGCCUUAUCAACUCCUACUUCUUUUUCCACCCUUCAAAGGUCUUGGAAUGGCUUUGUUCGAUUCUUCAUAUAGCUUCUUCCACUCCAAAGCCAAAAGAGAGAGCUCCGAAGGAGGAGGACAGGGAAGUGGUGGUUAACAAGGUAAUAUUCGACAAGCCCGACCUUGAGACGAUAUUUGCCACCUUCGAUAAGGAUGGCGACGGCUUCAUCACUGCGAAGGAGCUCGAGGAGUCGCUCAAGAAGUUGGGGCUGUUCAGCACGAGAAAUGAGAUCACGAGCAUGAUGGAGAGGGUCGACACCAAUGGAGACGGUCUUGUAGACAUCGAGGAGUUUAGAGAGCUCUAUGAUUCGAUAGGAAGAGGCCGAGGACUGGGGCGAGGAGGAGAGGAUGGUGAUGAGAGAGGAGAGAGAAGUGGAGAAGUGGAGGAGGAAGAAGAAGAGAUGGAGUUGAGGCAGGCCUUCGAUGUGUUUGACGAGAACGGGGACGGGCUGAUAACGGUGGAGGAGUUGGGAUUGGUGCUGGCUUCUUUGGGGUUGAAGCGAGGGGCGACAGUGGAGGACUGCAGGGAUAUGAUAAGGAAGGUGGAUUUGGAUGGGGAUGGCAUGGUGAACUUUGAAGAGUUCAAGAAGAUGAUGAAGUGUGGAAAGGUCUUUUGAUGAUGCAAGUGUAUCACCUACCUCUGCAAUAUUGAGGAGAUCAUCUGUAGUUAGUGGACAGGGUAGUCUCUCUUCUUUGCCAAUGGUGUCUAUACCUUCAAAGAAACUUAUUCUAACUCUUUUU